CCUCUCUCCCCCAGCAGUAAGUGGCAAGGUGUUGGUCUCAUCUCGUUUCACUUUCUCGGACGCUCCGCUGUCAAGUUCUGGUGACCGACGAGUUAAUUAAGUGGUUCGUCUUAUCCUAUCUCACGAAUGGGAGUCGCCACGGCUUCAGAAAAACGAGAGGACAUUGAAACCAGACAGUGGCCACUUCUUUCAAAACUUCGUGGUCCGACGUUCGUGGAUCUUUGUGUUAACUCGACUGGACAGUGGCUGCACGUCGUCUGUACAACAUAAAGGGAAAUAACCCCGAAAUUCGACGUGAGGCUUCCUGGAAAUUAUAGUUCCCCUCAUAGUAAAGGGGAAUCCCCUAUUAUGUAUUUACCCCAUAUUGAAAAUUGUUGCUGUCCUUCGUAAGCACAGCGAGAAGACCUAGCGUUCCCAGUGUGCACUGUGAAAGCAACGGAACAUUGUAUUUUCUCUCAUUUUGAACCGUUUCAGGUUGUUCACCCGGCUGUCCAAAGAUUCAUUCUCUCAAGACGUCGUCUGUCCACUGCAGGAUACAUUUACCCACCCAACAACAACGACACCCACUCUGCUCAAUAAGCUGUUCUCCGUGUCCAGGUUGUACCCCGCCCGCUCUCCGCCGAUGUCAGCAAGCCACAUUCCCUCUGCUCUUCUUCUCGAUCGUUUUCCUGGGACACUGGUCGUGAAAUGACUCUGUAUGAACCUUCCCUUCACGCAUCCCCUAUCAACAGAAACCCUUCUUCUCGCUGUCGAGGACACAGCCGCCUGACAACAACCCCAUGGCUUCCUACAGACCUUCCCCUUUGACUCUCAGCACCGGUGUGUCCCAGGCUCAGCCGUUAUCCGUGCCGUCGUGGAUGCUGAUGACAAACGUGAACCUCUUGUCGGUGGGGCUGCUGGAGAAACUGGGCACGGACUUGCACAGGAACGCGGAACAGAUCGAGGCGGAGCUAGGCCUACCACGUGUUGGUUCCCUGUCUGCCAGUCUCAUCCACUGGUCACGGCGCUCGGGCUCCACAGUCUUUGUCCUCACUAGCGCUCUCAAGAACAUCGGCCGUCUGGACUGUGUGGGGGACGUGGUGCAGGAGAUGAAGAAGAUGCACACAAUGCAGCUGUACGUGGUGGUGGAGGAGGUAGAUGCUCUGGGCUCCGGCCACGGGGAGCCCCAGUUCUUCACGCUCAGCUGUAGCUGCGAGACCAGCCUCAAGAGUGCCCUGGAGAACUUCCUGGGCGGCGACCUCACGCUGUACCAGAUCAUGGGGCCGGGCCCAUGGGUCACCUGGAACACCGAGGCCAAGGAGCUCAAGGGCCAGCAGCUUACUCUCCGGAGGUUCCCGAGUCCUCAGCCGCACGCCCGAGCUCAAGUCUACGGACCGUCCUCCGAGAUCCGCCGCUUACCGACCAUGCCUCAGAACAUCAGAGGUCUCGACUCCAACUACGACACACAUCAGCCCUCCAAAAUUUGGGAGCCAAAAAUGAAAAUAACUACAUCAUCCGAUUCCAUUUCGUCAUACAGUGAUAACAAUUUGAUAGACAGCGACUUAUCAUCUCCGGAAGGUAUCCCUGAGCUGAAGCCCCAACAAGAAGUACCCAUGGCCGGUUAUCCCGCACCGUCUUUCUCCACCCUGACUCUCUCCGUACAAGAAAGUCAGGCCGCCCUGGAAGAGACGCACCCCAAAGUUCCCUGCUCCGACAACUUGACAGGAGAUGACACCCAGCCCAAAGUGCUGUACCAGAGUGACUCCGACGCAAUGCAGUCACCGUCAAACUGGGAUCCGGAAAAGCCGGUCCCGUCUUCGAAAACUGUCAUUAACGACGUAGAGAGUAGCUGCUCUGACCGGGACACAGGCCUUCCCGAAGGAAAUCUGCCUGCGUUAAGCCUCCUGCGACCUAGUUUCAUCUCCACAGACACUAAUAGGAACGGAACCUCGGGGCCGAGUGGGGACUGGAAUAUGGGGUCGGAAGCUGCGCAGCUCAUGAAGCAGAAUGAUCUAGGUCGUGAGCAAACCUCCCAGUGUGUGCAGGCUAUAAGUAAAAAUUACUUUGAUUCAAAGGUGGAGGCGAGUCAGUGUAUGCCCCCAGGACUUAUGGAUUUUGAUGAUGGAAGUCGGAGUUCUAUGGAUACGAAUGACGACUCGCUUAAACCUGAGAACAAUUCCGGUGGUGUAGAGGACUGCGGUGUUCCUCCUUCUGGGACUAAUGUUCUGAGUGACCCCAUUCCCAGACACAACAACAAUAUGGCACACUGUGUGGGUAUUUCUGCUCAAGAGCAGACAGGAGAAUACGUAGCCCACAGUAUGAUUCCCACUUUAGUGACCACGGAAAAAGACAACAGCGGAGUGAAGAGGAACAACCUCCAGUCCCCGUACAGCAGCCCGACAGCCGUGCGGACAAAACGGCACUGCCCGGUGGCGCCACCUUCUGCUUCAGAAGCCAGUGUCAGUGUCGCUCAGCACUUGUCCGCUUUGGCUAAUGCCCCUGAAUCCUUCAACCCCGCACCUUCUCAGCCUGACGGACCAAAUGUAACUAAACCUUCUGUGAAGUCAAGUGUAGCGCCGUCUGGAGGAUCGGCCACGUCCGGUCAGAGCCCCAUGCCUCAGGUCCCAGAGCGUCCUCGGCCGUGCCCCCCGCAGACUGACCACAACGUCCACUACGAGAAUCAGGAGCAGAUAGAUUUGCAAAUUGCUCAGUCUCAGCAACUGUCCCGAGCGUCUCCACCCAUGAGCGUCUCAGUCUCUAUGCAGAUGCACAAACUUGACGGGAGCGGAGACAUGCGAGAGUACAACCACCCGCUGAUGUGCCACACACCACCGCCUCCUUUCUCCGAAGAAGUCUCCAAGCGGGAUCGCUCGUCUUCAGAACCGCCGUCUGUCAUGGAAAGAGACUCAGCCAAAAUCAAGGCGAUGAUUGACUCAGACACGCCCACUGCACGACCAUCGCCCGCCGAGCCGCGUUACGGUAAUACCGACGUGUUCUUUGAUGACGAUAUUGCUGUGAUGACGGAAACUCGGAUGUUUGUGGGCACACAGCAGCCCUCGGGCUCCGGACACGUGCAAGGAGGCCCCGAAUACAUGGCCAUGUCCGUACCUGCCCCAACGGCGGGUCACAGAACACAGACAGGCACACCUCCUCCCCCAUCAGUCCCGCCCCCACCACUCCCAGCUCAACAGCCUUGGCUGGUACGACAGAAUGCUGUAGCACCAGGCCCUGCUGUUCGCCCCCCGUUCCCCCACAUCCGUGCGCCGGUCACUCACGCCUCAGACCUGUACAUCACCCCGGUCGACUCUGUGCAGACGUACACCCGACCACCGCUGACCCGAUCUCAGACUGACUCUGGACCGGGCGACUUGAACGGUCACUACGUCUACGACGAGCCCAUCCCGGAGGAGGAAGAACGUCGUCUUAACUACCCCGGUACUGCUCACGCGUCAAGGUCAAUGUCGAUGCCAGUCAUCCUAAAUCCUGGUCAAGCACCGCCGCCACCUCCCAGAAUUCCCAGUCUAGAAGGUCAACUGAGCCAGAUACCUGGAUGGAGUCCUGAUGUGAAUGGCAGCAAUAUUCAAACGACAAUGAGGAACUACCAGGGAGAGGACGGGAACUUCAUCGUGUGGAGAAGCAGACGCUACAACCAGUUUGUCAUCACCGUCAGCCACCUGCGUGAACUCGUGCACUACUUUGUGCUGGAGGAGCGGCUGCCCAACCACAGGACCGUCUACUUCCUGUACCGCGGCGGCUUCCGCUCCGAGAGCUUCCUCGAUCUUGUCCGCCACUACAUCGCCCACGGCAUGCGCAUGCCCGUGUCGCCAGAUAGGACGUCCGGGGGCACCAAGUACUACAUGGACCACGUCAGGCUGAGGCGCCCGUUGAUUGUUCGCGUACAGCCUCGGGGGCAGGGCAAGGGAAACUCGAAACGAUAACUGUAACGUAAUAGACGAUUGUUAUUUUUGGUGUCUUUACAGAACAGACGAUUGUUAUUUUUGGUGUCUUUAUGGGAAACUCUGAACGAUAACUGUAGUGAAAUAGACAAUUGUUAUUUUUGGUAUGUUUACAGAAGACUCCAGACUAUAAAUAAUGUAAUAGGCGAUUGAUAUUUUUUGUGUCUUUACAGAAGACUCCAGACUAUAAAUAAUGUAAUAGGCGAUUGAUAUUUUUGGUAUGUUUACAGAACCCUUCAGAUGAUAACUGUAAUGUAAUAGAUGAUUGUUAUUUUUGGUGUCUUUACGGGAAACUCACUUUUUUUCGCUGUAACGUAGCGAUGAAGUACAGAACUCGGCUGUUGCUACAUCUAGAAGAUAGAUGCAUACAUUGCCGUGUUGUAGUUACUUUGAUGUGUUAUUAUAAUACGUUGAUAUUACACCUCCUAGAUAUCAGAGAGUGGCAAAACUGAAACAAUAAUUGGUUACUUUGUUACUGAUGGCUCUUUCUUUACGGUGAAUGAGUUGGGGGGGUUUUUUGGCUCUCAUUGGUUGAAAAUGGGGAGGCAAUGAUCAAGUACUUUCGAGCAUCUUACUUCAGUGGAAAAGGCUUUUGACUCGCCGUCGAGAGAUCGUGGGUUCGAUUCCCUGGUACCCUUGCUGGUUGAACGAUGUAUCUUAAGGAAAGAUUCUGCUUGCACCUUUUUUUCGUCAGUGCACCCAGACACAGCUUGUUUAACCCUAUCUGUACGCCCUGGGGUCAUUUUGUUCCCCCGGAGUUGUAUUCUUCACAUUAUAGAAUAC